AUGGAAACAAGAAUACUUGUUGUGAAUCCUAAUAGUUCGAAGUCAAUGACGGUGUCCUUGCGGGAAACCAUUGAAAAGACUUUUUCAAUGGAAUCAUGUAAAAUCAGUUAUUUCACAGGGCCAGACACGUCGCCACCACAAAUUGAUGGGCAGGAAACAAGUAUUAAAAGUAUGGAGGCCUGUCUUCCCCUCUUAAUUGAUGACCAGGAGUCGGUAUAUUACUUUCAGAAAUUCAACGGGAUAUUAAUUGCCUGUUUUUCAGAUCAUCCUUUGGUAGCAAAGAUAAAGGAUAGAGCUGCUAAAGAAAAAGCAGAUGUUUCUAUUGUUGGGUUAUUAGAUAGUAGUAUUAAUUAUUGCAAUUUGGUUGGAAAGAAGUUCUCUAUUAUUACUUCAAAUAAAGAAUGGAUUCCAAUAUUGAAUAACUCUGUGGAAUCGAAAUUCUUGACAGGGAAUACAGUUAACAAAAAUUUAUGGAAAGGUACGGUAUCUACUGAUUUACAGGUCCUCGACCUACAUAGUCCAGAAAAUUUCCAGCAGAUAGCAGAAAUUAUAUAUCGCGAAAAUAUUAAAAAGCUUGAUUCAGACAUUGUAAUAUUAGGUUGUGCAGGAUUCUCGGGUUUGCAAAAUAAACUGGCGAAAACAUUCCAAAGGGAUGGCACGCUGUUUCUGGACACGAUUGAGAUCGGUUUACAGAUUCUAAUCACUAUGAUAAGAUUUGUCAACUCACAAAAAUAA